AUGGAAGUACUCAGCUGCUCAUGCAGGCCCCUCUCUCACGUGCCGACCCUUGGCCCUGCGCCAGAUUCCAAUGGCAACUUCGAAUGGCAGACAAUUCUCAACCCGAACGGGAUUCCCCUCGAGUACGCAUGGAAUUGGAAUACCCCAACCGACAAACCCCAAGUCCGUACUUCCUGGGAGCCUAUUGGUCCUCAGGCUGGAACCGAGUUUGAUCCACUAAACCAGUGCUUGCAUGGAGAAUACCUCGAUCGUCUUGCGAAAGUCAUCCCGAACACGGACUUGAGCUGGACCGCUCCCCUGCUGUCCUCUCUGUUUAUCCCGGACAAGGAUGCUUAUGUACAAGCCAGAGGACCAAAUGAACGGCCGUCGACCUCGCUCGUCGCCGGUAUGGAAUUCACCCAUCCCGGCGCCUUUCGUGCAAAAAGCUACUUUGUGCCUAGGCUGCCCGGUCAACAACCGCCACUGCCUCUCUCCCAUUGGACUGGGGCUCUUGAUACUCUGAUGCCGAAUAAUAAGAUGGCGGUUCUCAAAGACUUUCUCACCACAAACCCAGAGGGAAAGCAACUGCGGCCAUAUAUGGUCGCGAUAGAUCAUCAUGCGGGUCCCUCCGGCUCGAGGCUCAAAUGGUACAUGAAGACCGCCAGUACCAGCUUUUGCUCUGUACGAGAAAUCAUGACACUAGGCGGGCGAACCUCGAACCUCGAUCGCGAACUCGAUAGCCUCUAUGGUCUAAUCAAGAAACUUGGCCACCUACUAGCCGAUCAUCCUGAGGAGAGCGAAACGGUAACUCCAACUAGCGAAAAGAAGAACUUCUUGGGCCUCCCAUCGACCGCACACUACUUUUACUAUUUCGAUAUUGCUUCUUACUCCGAGCUCCCAUGCGUUAAGAUUUACCUUCCCCUGCAGAACUACCGCAGUAAUGAUCUUGAAUUGGCACACACGAUUAUCGAUUGGUUGGAGACCCAGGGAAGGGGCUUUUACGGUGAGAAUUAUCUGCGCAUGUUGCAGGGCCUGGCCGAAGGCAAGCUGGAUGAGUGUCGGGGUUACCAUACCUUCUUCAGUUUCGCAGUCAAAGGAAAUGGGAAGAUAGACGUUACCUCAUACCUCGCGCCAUCUCUAGGCCUUGGUGCGAGUGGAUCUUGA